GAGUGACUGUUGUUUUCCACAGUAGAGACUAGCUUGAUAGGAGUGAAACAAGGAGCAAAGGAUGUACCGACCGGACGGAGGAAACAUCUUGUGUAACUUUGGACCCAUGGAUGUACUAUAAGAGCACCCAUGGGAGCACCACGAUGCUUUUAUUGGUUCCGACGUUGAUCUUCUUGAGCGCAGUUAUAGAAGGUCUCCAGGUGAUUGGAGGAAACACAACCGUGGUGCAAGGAGGGACCGCGAUCCUACCAUGCAAACUUAUCGACACGGAGGACCUCAGCCAGAUCUCAUGGCGGAAGAAACCUCACCCUGACAAUUUCUAUACCAUCUUACCAACUGGGCCGAAAUUUGUCAACGGAUAUGAUCCUCGCUUUAAAUUCAUUGGGAAUUUCAGUGACAACAAUGGAUCUAUACAGUUAUCCGAUGUCAAACUGAGGGAUGAAGGCACCUACGAGUGCAUCUUCACUCGGUUUCCCAGCGGAAAUGUCCAGACAGACGUACUUCUAAACUUGCUCGUGCCGCCAGUCACGAGCCUGAAGGAUAACCUUCCUACUUUGGGUGAUGAAGAGGUUUCCCUCGUUACCUGCGUGGCUGCUGGUUCCAAGCCUCGUGCAGAUGUGAAGUGGAUCACUGGUACUCUGGCAGGAAAAAUGAGAGAAACUAACAGCUCCACCCAGCAUGCCAACGGCACAACUACCACAGUCAGCUCGCUGUUUGGAGUACCUACCAGAGAAAUCAACCACCAUGUGGUCCAUUGUGUCGUCACCAGUGCAGCCAUGUCGAAAGAAGAAAGACGUCCCUUCACCAUACAGGUCUACUUCCCACCCGUUGAAGUGAACAUCAUUAAAAGAUCCGAACUCUCAUUUGAAUGUGUGACGGAGGCCAACCCAAAAGCAAAUAUCAACUGGAGCAGAGACGGCCAGUCGUUGCCUAAGCUUGGUGUCAGCGCAGAGGGUGCAACGCUACAGUUUGUGAGCAUGACCUCUGACCUGAAUGGUCUCUACCAGUGUGAAGCAUCUAACAUAUAUGGAAAACAACGCAGUUCCAUCUAUGUGCACAAUGCUCCAGGAGCCUGCAGUGUUUGUUGGACCUUAUUUAGUAUUUUGCUUCUCCUGAUGAUUGCCUUUGUCGUCGCUGCAGUGUUCUACUUUUAUAAACCAGGGAUAUUUCCAUGGAUAAACGACCGACGUGGAGAAAGGUACGGCCCACCUGUAGACGCUCGAGGAGUAGGAGAAGACCUAUAGGAACGACAUGCAGAGGAACCUCUUUGAUAUGCAUGGAAGCAACAAACUGGAAGACAUUUGACUGCAGCUGGUUUACAGUCAUCACUACUAACGUGUGUCAAUCCUGACGCAGCUGGUUAGUGAACAGAAUGCAGCUCUAUAGGAUAGUGUCUGCUGCGACUAGAAUUACCAGUAAUACUAUCAAAUGCUAUACAACAGAGUCAACCAAUCGGGGAAUGAAGAUUGCAAACUUCAUGUAGCGUUAAGCACAAACCGAAGAAUCAGUUAUCUUUGUGCUGGAAAGGGAAGUUCGAUAAACAGACUUUUCAGUGUUAUCUAGGAUGUGGCAUUAACCCGGUUGUGUCGGCUUUAUCAUUAACAGCUCUAACUGACAAAAUACUUCAGUUCUGUCCAUGUGUUUCCACCAACAGCAUUAACUGCUGAUAACAGCAGAGGAUUAUGAAGCGUGUUUGCAUGCACACAAGCAACUAGGUUACUGGCCAAGAAAUGAUUCAUGAGAAACCUAAAUAGAAAACCUGAGAAUAUGGAUUGAAUACCUGAGAACAUUGUGGUGGCAGAGGCUCAACACACUGCAACUAAAGGGAACACGUGCAAAUAGACAAAACGCAGGCAAAUUAAGAAGUAUGCAACAAGUGUUUGCUUGUGUUUUCUUUAAUUGCGGUGCUUCUAAAUUGGGGAUUUUUUAAAAUUGUCUUAAAUUAUGUUUUACUUCUGCAUCAUUUGUGGUGAGUAUCUCAUCUUAAGAGUUGUUUGCAGUGCAUUCAACUCUCUGGGCCACCAUAGAAUAAAACUGUAUAUCUAAAUCUAUAAUGAACGGACAAACAACACACACUUUAUCUUUGUGCAGGUGUGUUGUCUUUGUAUGUCAACUGUUGUUUAUCUGUUUCAUGAAUAGUCUGUAAAUUAGUUAAUUCUGAUUCUCCCUAUUAUUAAAUUAAUUCGGUGAAAUAGAAACCUGGAUGAAAAGUAUAGAAAUGAUCCACCACAUGCUUAACGAUUUACGAAUAUGGUGUCCGUCUAAUUUCAUGUUUCCAUAUUAUGUUUCUUUCCAUAUUUUCAGAUUUUAGUCUAUAUUUCUAAAGUGUCAUUCCAUUUUCUCAGUUUUCCAUUAUAUUUUCUCAUUAAUUAUUUCCUGAACGGCAUAACAUACAUAUUUAUAUAAUGCUGCAGUUAUACUUGUCCACUUCAACGCACUGGACUUUGAUGAUAUUUAUUGUGUCACAGUAUACUGUAAAUAUUCUCGCUACAGCGUUUAAAAUCAGUCUUUACCUGCUGAUAUGUCUGACACAUCUUUCUUAUUAUUAUAAGACUUAUAUCACUACCAUUAUUUAUUCCAGCAAGCUACUUACCAGCGAUGUCAAUGUGCACGAUGCUCUGAAGUUAAAAUUACAUUAAACACACCAAAAAAGUAUUAGUUGGAAUAUUCUUCAAGUACUAUAUCUACUAAGACAUAUAUAGUAUGGCCUAUUUUGAAAUUCCUUUUAGAGCAGUGUACAGUAUGUCCGUAAUCACUUACCACACGUGGUACUUUGCUUUAGUCAGCCUAGCAGGCUUUUAUCUUUCCAUCAUCAGUUUUACCUCCUGUCACCUGCUGUAUUUUGAGUUAUGGGUAAACACACCAGGACAGACUGAACUGAGAGUCAGCAAAUAAGGAUUUUAUGACGUGUUUUAUUAUUAUUAUUAUUAUAUCAGAUGUUCAGUGAAGGUCAAAAUGAAGUUCCACGUUACAAACGCUGCAGAAAAACAUUACUCCUAUAAAAGGGAAAAAGUUGCGCUGCAUCGCUAUCUCCAAAAUGCACUGCACACUUCCUGUUACUCUCUUGUUUCUGUAUGUCAACAACUUUGCUAACUGAUCUGAGGAAGAAACAAACAUCCGGGUAACUCAGUACUGCAAAACCUGUGUGUGUGUUAGAGCUAAGCAAUUUAGCUAAGAGUCUACAGCCAUGCUAGCAGCUCUGUGUGCAUGUAAUUAAUGUACUAAUGUCAGUAUGCUAACGUGAUCACAAUCACAGUGUUAAUAUGCUGUUGUUUAGGACGUAAUGUUUGCCAUAUUCACCAUCUUACUUUAGCUGGUUAACAUGCUAAUAUUUGAUAAUUACCAUUAAACACAAAGUAUAAAAUGUUCGACUGGCUGACAUUGAAAUCCUUAAAGCCAUGGUGCUAGCAUGGCUAAAAAUUAGAGGUUACUUAGGCUGAACAAGUUAUUACGUUUUCAAUCAAUCUAAUUCACUCUGAACCAAAAAUCUCACCCUGCUAAUAGCACUAGAGGAAAUGUUAAGGGGGACGACUAAAAUUAGAAGGAUACAUCCUCUGGGGACCUUGAAUGCCGGUACCAAAUGUUAUUGCAAUCUAUCUAAUGGCUGUCGAGACAUUUCACACAUCUCACAACUAUGUGACUUGGUGACAUCACCACGUUACGGAAUAAAAGCCAGGACUUCAAGCAAGCUGUUUCAGGCAGUUCAGGAACAGUAACUCCCUUUGGUGUGGACCUUGCAGACCUUUUACAUGUACACAAAAAAAUAUACACACUAAAGGAAAGGGAAAAAGCAUAAAGGUCCCCUUUAAUCAAUGACAACAUGGCAAGACGGUAAACAACCGCCUCAAAGCAACACACUAACCUCGCUC